UCCAAAAACAGGAGCUUGAUAAUCUUUCUUGCGCUCUCUAACGCCGACGAGCCACCGCGAAACAUCAACCACUCAAUGCCGCCGCCGUCGUCGUCGUUUUCCUCACUUCCCAUAGACAUUGUCUUGGAAAUCUUAGCUCGCGUGCCGAAACGCUUUCACCCGACCCUCUCUUGCGUCUCCAAGAACUUCCGCCGUCUUCUUCGUUCGCCGGAGAUACACAAUAUUCGCUCUCUCCUCCGCAAAGACUCACUCUUCAUCUGCUUCGUCGGGAAAACGGGUGCGCAAUUCACUCUCCGAAGAGCCGAGAAUAACAACCCGACGACAGAGAAGAAUCGCUUCGUCUCCAUCGACCUCGCGUUUCCUUCUCAGACCGAGCAAGAACCCUGCGUCGUCGCCAUAGGCCCGGAGAUAUUCUUUAUCUGUGGAUCGUUCUAUCCUUCGUCAGCCAUGUGGAUUCUUGAUUCAAGAACCGGGACGUUUCGCCAAGGACCUAGCUCGAGAGCUGAUAGGGUAUGCAGAAGCGUGGGUGUAGUCGGAAGCAAGGUGUACGUGAUCGGGAUCUAUAGAGACGCCGACGAGAUGCACGUGGAGUCAUUUGACGUGAAGACGCUGACAUCGGAACUAGCGCCGGUUCCUGAGGAUCAAGGCUGGUGGUGGAGUUCGGCCCCAACUGUGUCGUGGAACAGGAAAGUUUGUGCGUUACGUGUUUCUGGCAAUGCUAGGUGCUACGAUCCUAUUGACGGGUCUUGUGAGAGUUUAGGUUUGGCUACUAAGGAUAAAUGGUUGUGGAGAACGGGUGCUUGUGUGAUGAACAAUGUGCUCUACGUUUAUUACGCUAGGUUUGGGUUGAUGUGGUAUGACUACGAGAUGAGGCUACGGAGAGUGGUUAGUGGUUUGAGUCAUCUCAAAAAGGUUCGGUCUGUUGCGAUGGCGGAGUAUUACGGAAAGUUGGCCUUCUUGUGGGAAGAUGAGGAGGUUGGUGUGAGUGGUGAAAUGAAAGAGGUUUGGUGUAGAAUGAUUGCUUUGGAGAGGAAAGAAGAAGGAGUUGAUGGGAUGGCUGAAGCGUCUCAACUUCUGGGGAGUGUCCUUCGUGGCUAUAGGUUUCAUCAUUGUCUCUCUGUUUCAGAUUAAAAAGAAUAAAGUAUCCCUCGUGGCUUAUAGAUAGAAUGUCCUUAUGAACUACUUUGUCAUAGUUUCAGCCUUGUAAACUAUGCACAUGUGCUUUUGUCACCCUUGACAUUCCUACUUCUAUGU